AUGUCUAUCCGACGGCAGAUGUCGAGGAUUUAUGCUGAUAUAUUGGUAAUUCAGAUCACAGAAUGGUAUAAAAGAAUAAUUCCAAUCGUCCUCGAAAGAAAAGAUUCUCAGUCCCUUUUUAAGACAAGCCCAGGAGAUUAUCAAGACGCGAGAUCAUCAAAUCCCAAGUACGAUACUGUAGCCAUGGUACAGUUACUUCGAGAAGUCCUGGCAAGUCCUCUGCCAUGGGCUUCUGGUCUGCUGAUCGUAUCAUUGAUUGUCUACGUCGUGUAUCAGCGCUUUUUCCACCCUUUGGCCAAGUAUCCGGGGCCGUUUCUGGCUUCCUUGACCGAUGUUUGGCAGGCUUAUCAGUUCAUGACUUUGCAGCAGCCAUACCAUUUGACCAAGUUGCACGAGAGAUAUGGCCCUAUCGUGCGAUAUGGCCCGGACAAGCUGAGCAUCACCGACGAAGACUGUAUCCCAAUAAUCUAUCAGAAGUCCGCCAAGUCGAUGCCCAAGACGGAGUUUUACGAUGCAUACGGUGCCGCCCAUCCGAAUGUCUUCGGGAUGCGGGAUGAAAAUGUGAGGACAGCUCCUCUUCAUGAUUUCUCUCGGGUCCAUUCUUUUAACAAUAGAGAACUACAGGUACACUCCAUUAGACGACGCCAUAUGUCUUACAGCUUUUCUAUCAGCUACGUCAAAGAGAUGGAACCAUUUCUUGACCUGAACAUCAGGCUCUUGAAAGACAAAAUUAUGCGCUAUUGCAACACAGGGGAGAUAUUCGACCUGAAGAAACUACUGCAUUACUACGUGAUUGAUGCUCUCGGAGAGUUAGCCUUUAGCAAAUCUUUUGGAAUCCAGGAGACAGAUGAUGAGUUACGAAUCCCACCAGUGGUCGAGCAUAGUCUGCUCGCCGCGGUCACGGGCGCAUGGCCGUUGAUGACGAAGCGGCUCAAGAAAUAUCUCCCUCUAGUCCCUCACCCUGGACUUCAAAGACUAUUCAAGGGACGUCAGGCGUGCGCCGACCUAGCCGCCGAAUGUGUCCGGAGGAGGUUGGCUGAUGUCGAAUACCAAAAGGCGCAGCACCCGGAUGUGGCCGAAAGAAAAGACAUCCUGACGAACUUGAUCUUGGCCAAACAUCCAGACACUGGCGAAAGGCUGACUCAAAUCGACCUGGAGACUGAAGCAUUUGGAUUCAUUAUUGCUGGGACACAUACAACAAGCGCUACAACUUCUUUGUUAUUUUAUCACUUGCUCCAUAAUCCUGGCCAAAUGGACAAAUGCGUCGCUGAGAUUGACGCCAAUCUCCCGUCUCUGGAAGCCGGCCAGGAAGCCUAUUCAGUCACCGUCGCAGAAGCGUCUUUGCCCUACCUGAAGAAUUGUAUCAAGGAGAAUUUUCGCAUCACUCCCGUCUUCACCAUGCCUCUUGCUAGGCGGGUAAUGUCCCCAGAAGGGAUUGUCAUUGCGGGGGAGCAUAUUCUUCAAGGAACCUCGGUGGCUGUUUGCAAUCACGCCUUCCAUCACAACCCAGACGUCUGGGGUCCCGAUCACAACAACUUUGAUCCUUCAAGGUGGGAACGCCCUGAUAUUGCAGCAAAAUCACGCCUCCUCAUGCAUUUUGGCCUCGGCGGACGCCAAUGCAUCGGCAAAACCGUAGCAACAACAAAUAUCUAUAAGCUCAUGAGCACGCUGCUGAGAGAAUUCCACUUCGAGUUGGCGUCUGACCAGGAGAAUAUUGAUGCGCUGAGAGGGUUUUACGUGGGACAAAUACCAGAUAUGGUGAGCGUCGGUAUCAGUGAUUUAAAAGGGCCACUUUUGGUGAAGGCGCAAGCAAGGAAGAAAUCUAGCUAA